AGUAUCAAUAUGCAUCAGUUGAAGUAUCGAAGUGGAAGGAAAAACUAGAAUCAGUGCAUUUUCAAACCAACAAAAUGAAGACAUUUAUGCUCGUGGCGUGUCUACUGACACUUUCCUAUGCCGGUGAUCCUCAAAUAUUGAAGACAUUCUAUGAUAAUUACGGAAAUUGUAUGAAUGAAUUAAAUGUGCAGCAAUGGACACCAGAAGUAGUUAAAUGUACACUCCAAAAUGAUAAUAUGAUCAAUGAACAAGGUGAAAUAAAAAAAGAAGAACUUCUUGCAAGAUUUAAUGAUAUUAUUUCUGAUGAGUCCAAUUUAAAUCAAGCAAAACAAACUCUUACUACAUGCUAUGAGCAAGCAUAUCAAGGUCCAGGAAACAAUGAUGAGAAGAUUAUGACGACUAUACGCUGCUCAAUGCAUAUAACAGACUUAUUCGAUGAGCUCCAAUAAAAAAUGAAAAUACACUUCUUCUUUUGCAUAAUAUUCAGAUAAACUAGUAGUGAUGCAGCAAUGUCGUGCUUAAUUAAGUAUUAAUAAUUCUAAUUUUUAAUUCUAAUUAAUUAUAUGUUCUCAAGUUUACAUAAAAUCUAUGUAUCUUAUGAAUUGUAAUUAAUUCUCUC